GUAAUAAGAAACAAGAACACAUAAUACCAAUGUGUAUAAUCAAUAGCAGGUAUUAGUCAAAUGAGUUGGAAAUUUGUGUGUGGAACAUACACUGGCUGGUAUUUAACCUGAAUGCUUAUUUGGUUUUGACUAAUAUUUGGUUUUGACUAAUAUGUGUAUCAAAAACUCAAAAUUCUUUGGUCAGACAGUUCCUGAUUUAAAUUUUAAAAAUUGCCAAAUUUUGAUGGUAUUGUAUUUAGGUAAAGUUCUGCUUCUGUUCAGACAAUAUUAUUAUAUAAAUUUAAGAACUUUAGCUUUUAUAUCCUCAAAGUAAGAUAUCGAAAAAAAGUAUCAAUUUGGUAAAUCAACUGUACUUAUAUAGCGCCUUUCUAGUCUUUUCCAACUACUCAAAGUGCUUCAGUAUAUCAGUACUGGAUAUCUGGUAUUGUAUCUGCACUAGUAUCAAAACAUUUCAAAUGUUUCCCGGUGCUAAUACACACAGAGCCACAGCUGGUAUUUUAAGGUAAGGUAGAGAAGGCCUACAAAAUAUCCAGUUGGGUUACUUUAUCAAGGCUGGAUUGCCCCAGGACUGUGUGACAUCUGGUUAGUAAUUGAAUUGAGCACUUGUUUCAGAAAUAGGCAAUGCACCACCAAAACACAACUUUUAUUUCAGUUUUGUGCUUAUUAAGGCACUGCAAAAUCGGGGCCAGGUAGUAAUUUAGCAUAGAAAAUCUAGACAAGAGGGAGAGGAAUGGGCGCUUAAAAGGGGCCCAGCCAUACUGUUUUGGGGCUGGGAUCAGAGUCCCUACGCACGCCACUGCGCACACUACCUGACGCACACAGACAGCGUCCCUGGCAACCAGUCCGUCAGAGGGGAGUCGUGGUGACAAGGUUUAGUAGACAGGUCUUUUGCUUUGGGGCUUUUCAGUCGUUGUAAAUCACCGGAUAAUUUUACGACUUUUUCUUGCGAUACUGAUCACCGAAAACUGGUCCGUUUCCUGUCUCCCGACCGGUCUUAUAUCACUUCCGCUGCAGUUGCUGCGACACGGCUUCAUCACGUCAUCAGCAAUGGCGGACAAGGAGAAGCGCCGGUCCGGGGCUACUCCUCCAGGGAUGCCCGAGGGCAAAGCCACCAAAUCGGACAGCGACAGGGAGUUUCUGUCGCAGGCUGGGGUGGGAGAGCUGCUCCGCGGGGCCAUCCUGAAGAUGGUCGAGGCCAGAUCGGACGAUCCCAUCGGGUUCCUGGCCGACCACUUCUGCAACCUCGCCUCCGUGACAGAGACCGGUACAGCUGGAUGCGGCGAUAGGGAUCAGCUGAACAACGGCCCGCUGAGCGCAGGCGCGCAGGAGCAGCAGCAUCUCAACCGGGCGCUGUGGCACCUGCGGCUGGCGCACCACUCCCAGAGAUCUGCCUUCAGCAACAACGUCCGUUUGGCCUACGACCUUUUGAACUUCACCGGGCCCCGCAGACGUCCAGCUGAGGUUCCUGAAGGCCCUGAUGGCUCCUGCACUGACGGCCCCACAGGAGGAGGAGUGAGAGGAGGCCUCUACACACAGACUCUGCAGUGCCUGUGCAGUGAGGGUGGAGUCCCUGCCUCCACCUCCGCCCCGCUCCUCCGACGCCUCCACUGCCAAGAUCACGAGGCCGUCCCUUAUGAUGUCUUCCGUCACGGUGUGCUCACAUGUGCAGUUUUCUCAGACUACAUCCGGCAGGCUCAGAGGCUUUAUGCUGAAGUGUGCUGCCCGGACGAAGAGCCUGCCUCGCGGGCACUGUGCCUGGCCGUACUGGGGACCUUAAAGGAAGCUCUGGAGACUUCCCAAGGCUGUGAUGCAAACUGCUGUGUUAAUGCUAAUAAUAAAGCUAAUUCCUGUCUGGAGGCUAACGUGAAGGCAAUACGCUACCUUGAGGCCAGUGCCAAGAUCUCUCCAUGCAAGCUAGCACAGGCCAUAGCUGGAGCACAGACACAGGGCCCAGGUGGCAACAUGGACGCAAAGGAGUUUGAGAAUGCAGCGGCAGAGCUCUUUAUCACUCGAGUGAGAGUUGUGUCCUAGGUUUCUUGUCUGUUUUCAUAUCAUUUAUGAAUGUACAACAAUCAACAGUAUAAUCUAGAGUAAAUAAUUACCUUCUACCCUCUAACCUACUGCUGCCUAAAUUGUAAAUAGCUACUAAACAUCUAAAUAACAAGAAAUAAUAAAGCAGAACAGUCACAGAUAUUCCACUGUUAACACAAACAUAUUGUUUGAUGGUAUUGAACUUAUUGAAGUGGAAGAGAUGAGAAAUCGACAACUGCUGUGACUGAGCAAGCAGCUACUGUGCUGUGUGAAGGACAAUGAGUUCCUUUCAUAGACUAAAUGUACUCCUUGAGAUCCGUAUUUUUCCAUUAUUGUUUAGUCUUUACUAUGAAAUGCUCUGAUUAGAAAGCAACACUCUGUGCUGAGCUACAUCUAAUGCACUCCAAUACAAUAACCCUGUAAUAAAUCCUCCUUUUUUUGACUUAUCAUUUUCAUGUUUUGUUGAGAGAUGUUGAUUAAACUGUCAUUUUGGAGGCUGUA